UCCAAUAAUUAUGUAUGUCUUCCACAGGCUGUUUAACCCUUGACCUCUACGAGCAGUUGCAGAGGACAGAAGAGCAGCAUGAGCUGGGGCGAGCUGUACACCCAGCUGGCCGGCGUCAACCGCCAGUCCACCGGCCUGGGCAAGGUGUGGCUCUCUUUCCUGUUCAUUUUCCGCGUCACCAUCCUGGUCCUGGCGGCCGAGAAAGUGUGGGGGGACGAGCAGUCCGACUUCAAGUGCAACACGCUGCAGCCGGGCUGUGAGAAUGUCUGCUACGACCACUUCUUCCCUAUCUCGCACGUGCGCCUCUGGUGCUUGCAGCUGGUGUUUGCCUCCACGCCACCCCUGCUGGUGGCCAUGCACGUAGCCCAUCGCAAGCGCAGCAGCAAGUCCUCCGCACGGGCCAGGCAACAGGAGGAGGAGCUGAAGAGCAUUCGCCAAAGGAGGCUGCCCAUCACGGGGACGCUGUGGUGGACCUACGCCCUCAGCCUGGUUUUCAGGCUAGUGUUCGAGGCGGUGUUUGUCUAUGCCAUGUACGCCAUCUACGGGAGCUUCUGGAUCCCUCGCCUGGUGCGCUGCGAGCAGUGGCCUUGCCCCAACGAGGUGGACUGCUUCGUAUCACGGCCCACUGAGAAGACGGUGUUCACCAUGUUCAUGGUGGCGGCGUCGGGUGCAUGCAUGGUGCUCAACGCGACCGAGCUCGCCUACCUCAUAGCCAAAAUGAUGAUGAAGUGCUCCAGGCCAGGCGCCAGGAGAGAUGCCUGCUCCUCCCGCUGCUCCAACCGCCCGCCAGUGGAGCAGAACCAGAGGAAUGAGUGUUUAACCUCCUUGACAACUCCUUUCUGA